UUUCUGUAGAGCUAGAGCGCACGAGAGAGUGGAGGAGAAAUGAAUGAGACACAGGUUUGAUCCUCGUUAUUUAAGGGACUAGCUAAAGGGGGCGUUAAGUGCAUCGUGGAACCAAGAUCCCAAAGCUUAAUUACAGACAGCUGAUGGUUGCUGGCUAGCCAAUGGGGCUGUUUGACAAGUUGGCAGGAUGGUUGGGUUUGAAGAAGGAGGUGAAUGUGCUGUGUCUCGGUCUGGACAACAGUGGAAAAACCACAAUCAUCAACCAGCUCAAGCCUUCCAAUGCCCAGGCACAAGACAUUGUCCCAACCAUUGGUUUCAGCAUAGAGAAGUUCAAGACAUCCAGUCUUUCCUUUACAGUGUUUGACAUGUCGGGUCAAGGCAGAUACAGAAACCUUUGGGAGCAUUACUACAAGGAAGGCCAGGCUAUCAUAUUUGUUAUUGAUAGUGCAGAUAAACUGAGGAUGGUUGUGGCUAAAGAAGAACUGGACACAUUACUAAAUCAUCCUGAUAUUAAACACAGGAGGAUCCCCAUCCUGUUCUUUGCUAAUAAGAUGGAUGUCAGGGAUGCUCUGUCUUCAGUCAAGGUCUCACAGCUGCUCUGUUUGGAGAACAUCAAAGAUAAACCCUGGCACAUCUGUGCCACAGAUGCUCUGAAAGGAGAAGGUUUACAGGAGGGAGUCGACUGGUUACAAGAUCAAAUCAAAACAAUGAGAACAUGAGGGCCUGAGGAGGGGCAUGCCGGGAGUAAAAGCAUCCUCAAAAGAGUUUUAAGAAAGAUAUGUUGACUGUGUAUUCAGAGGUACAAUGGGAUAGCAAUGUUUUAAUAGGCUAUUUAGAUGGUUCUUGGAUGUGUGUGGUUCAGUGGGAAAAUGAGUACAUAAAUUCUCUGGUACCAGUAAAAACAGUAAAAAUGCAUCUACUGAGAGUGUUGAGUCAAUGAGAAACAUACAGUUUGUUGGCAACUUUCACACACUUAUUUGGGCAAAUUCUUAUUUUCCAUACGGUCUUUAUAAGUUUGAACUGAUAGAUGCAGGUGUCUAAAGGAACAAUAACAUUUUAAAAAGUCACUGGGGAAAACACAAUAUCUGUGUGUACCAGGGAUCAUGAUGAACUAUAGCUGCUCUUAAACACGCCACUGUGUUUGGUGUUGUCUUUCUUUUAAGAAGGAUAAAUACCUGGGAUGUCUUGUAGAAAAGACAUAUUGUUGGUUGCUGCUUUAUGUUGCAUGUUUUGGCCCUUACAUUAUCCCCUUAUGUCCAACGUAUGUGCCAGCUUCUUUGAAGAGACAACACGUGUGACAGCUGGUUGAUUCAGACUGACACUAGAUCAUACCAAUAAUAUAAACUGAAUGUCUUAUCCUGUUUUUACACGGGCUCAUAAUUACCCAUAUUAGCUUUGGCGUAGCCUUGUGUGUUAUGACCAUGUUCAUUCCUAGUCUUUGCUUCUCAAACCUCCAUGCAUAAGACAUCACUCUACAAAACUUUUGGCAGUAAUGGAAAGUACAUGCGACCUGUAUGUAAUAGGCUUAAACAUUCAAAAUGACCUGUAAGGACUUUACACAGUUUCCACCUAUAAAAUAUGCCAAGUGCUCUA